AUGGAACUCCUGCAGUUACAGCUAACUGAUGACAAGCUGCGAACUCUGGGACACCGCGCGGUGGAGCUGAGGCAGAUGUCUCCAGGUGGCCAGCAAGUGUCAGCAUUGGGCUGCCAGGUAGAUCGUGGGAGCGCAAAUAGUGGCCAAGUCUCCAAGAAGGCGGUUAAACACAAUGCGACGCUGGCGGAAGCACUGUCGGGAGGGCCUUUGGCUGGACACUUCUAUGCCGCGCAGGUGAGCAUCCCGAAUUCUUUGCCCGAGCUGGAAGAAUCCUCGUCGCUGGCGGGGGAGCUGGCAGAAGCUUGGCAGAAUGGUACUCGGGGAAGCCUUGAUGCGUCUCCAUACCUCUACUACCACGGCGGUGGUGGCGAGCCAGGCCCCUCCCUCUACCUGCACUAUGAUGCUGCUGACAAUUUAGUUCAGGUGUUGGAUGGGAUGAAGGACUUUUGGCUCUACGAUCCAUUCCAAGCCGCACAACUGCUGUACGGCAGCAACAGAGAACAUGGAAAUGCCUCUCCCAUUAACGUCGAGUCCCCUACCGUCUUCGAGGACUAUCCUUACUUUCGCUUCGCAGUGCCGCGGCGUUGCCGAGUCCGAGCUGGACAGUGGCUCUACGUGCCGCUUUACUGGUGGCAUGCCGUGCGGAGUGGGCCGGGCAGAACGGUGUCAUUGGCGCACUUCGCGCACAGCACCAAGAAAAAGAAGGGCAUCUUCGAGAAGUUUCUGUGCGGCUACUCCGUGAAGAGUGCGCGCUUCGACUGCGGCACAGGAUGA